UGUUGCGCCUCUGGGUUUAGAAACUCUGCGUCAUUUCUUCCUCUUCCUGUUUUCGUCUGUGUGUCUGGCAGCUCCACAGAACAGAGAUGGCAAAGUCAAAAAAUCACACCACCCACAACCAGUCCCGUAAGGCUCAUAGGAACGGGAUCAAGAAGCCCAGACCAGACCGAUACGAGUCCAUGAAAGGGGUCGACCCGAAGUUCAUGAAGAACAUGCGUUUCGCCAAGAAGCACAAUAAGAAGGGGCAGAAGACGGCCAACGCAGCGGCCAAGAAGAUCGCACUGGCAGCCGCCCCUUAGAUGUGGCUGGCAGAUCGCACUGACAGCCGCCCCUUAGAUGUGGCUGGCAGAUCGCACUGACAGCCGCCCCUUAGAUGUGGCUGGCAGAUCGCACUGACAGCCGCCCCUUAGAUGUGGCUGGCAGAUCGCACUGACAGCCGCCCCUUAGAUGUGGCUGGCAGAUCGCACUGGCAGCCGCCCCUUAGAUGUGGCUGGCAGAUCGCACUGACAGCCGCCCCUUAGAUGUGGCUGGCAGAUCGCACUGGCAGCCGCCCCUUAGAUGUGGCUGGCAGAUCGCACUGACAGCCGCCCCUUAGAUGUGGCUGGCAGAUCGCACUGACAGCCGCCCCUUAGAUGUGGCUGGCAGAUCGCACUGGCAGCCGCCCCUUAGAUGUGGCUGGCAGAUCGCACUGGCAGCCGCCCCUUAGAUGUGGCUGGCAGAUCGCACUGGCAGCCGCCCCUUAGAUGUGGCUGGCAGAUCGCACUGGCAGCCGCCCCUUAGAUGUGGCUGGCAGAUCGCACUGGCAGCCGCCCCUUAGAUGUGGCUGGCAGAUCGCACUGGCAGCCGCCCCUUAGAUGUGGCUGGCAGAUCGCACUGGCAGCCGCCCCUUAGAUGUGGCUGGCAGAUCGCACUGGCAGCCGCCCCUUAGAUGUGGCUGGCAGAUCGCACUGGCAGCCGCCCCUUAGAUGUGGCUGGCAGAUCGCACUGGCAGCCGCCCCUUAGAUGUGGCUGGCAGAUCGCACUGACAGCCGCCCCUUAGAUGUGGCUGGCAGAUCGCACUGACAGCCGCCCCUUAGAUGUGGCUGGCAGAUCGCACUGACAGCCGCCCCUUAGAUGUGGCUGGCAGAUCGCACUGACAGCCGCCCCUUAGAUGUGGCUGGCAGAUCGCACUGACAGCCGCCCCUUAGAUGUGGCUGGCAGAUCGCUGCAUCUCCACGUGUUCCAUUGACUUUUGUUACCAUCACAAUAAAGCUUUGCUAUUUUAAAUCGGG